GAGUUGCGCGGUGAAGUUCGGCUUCCUGAGCCGCGGCGGGCGUGGCCGCGUUAGGCUGCGAGCCAGGCCGGGGCAGCCGUGGGCCGUGUUUGGGGUGCUGGGGUUCGGUUGUUGCAGUCGCGAUGUUCUUCUCCGAGGCCAGAGCCAGGUCGCGGACGUGGGAAGCCAGUCCCUCGGAACACAGGAUGUGGGUGGAAGUAUUUAAGGCAUGUGAUGAAGAUCACAAAGGAUAUCUCAGCAGAGAGGACUUUAAAAUUGCUGUUGUAAUGCUGUUUGGGUACAAGCCCUCCAAGAUAGAAGUGGAUUCUGUGAUGUCUUCAGUAAAUCCAAAUACUUCUGGUAUAUUACUCGAGGGGUUUUUAAAUAUUGUCAGGAAAAAGAAGGAAGCUCAACGGUAUCGGAAUGAAGUAAGACACAUCUUCACAGCCUUUGACACAUACUAUCGUGGAUUUUUAACUUUGGAAGAUUUCAAAAAAGCAUUUAGGCAGGUGGCUCCCAAGUUACCGGAAAGGACUGUUCUUGAAGUAUUCAGUUCUACUUGUUGUCUGUCUUCCAAAGAAUUUGAAACACUAUCACUGAAUCAUAGUGUGUUGUUCCCUGGAGGCUCGCCAACUCUGGUCUUUCUCACUUGUCUUUACUGGCUAUUUUGGGAAGUAGAUCGAGACUCAGAUGGUCACGUCAGCUUUAGAGACUUUGAAUAUGCCCUGAACUAUGGACAGAAGGAAGCCUAACUAUUGUGAAAUACUUUUGGUAACUCUGGGGAGAUCAAUAGAUUGUAAUGUCAGCAGACUCUACUAAUGAUGUUAUACUACAGACUUGUGAUUAAACAUUUUAAAAAUUUUUAAUUUUUGUGGGUACAUAGUAGGUGUAUAUGUGUAUUUAUACACACACACAUAUAUAUGGGUUACGGGAGAUAUUUUGGCACAGGCAUGCAAUAAGUAAUUGACUAAACUUUUAAUCAUAAUUUUUGGAUGCUGAUGAUGGACUUGCAUCUCGGAAUCCUAGAGGUGGUUGCUGCCGGGGGUCUCCUUCUGUGUGUCCAGCAGACCUAAGUCAGGCUGCCAUUGAUAGAGCUGGGGCUGGGGAUGGCACUGGUGGUCCCCUUCCUCCUCACUCUUCUUGCCCCCCACCCUCUCCACACUGCAGACUGGGGUGCUCCACUCACUCACCUCAUUGUCCUCACCAUCCCACCUUGGGUCCCUGAAUCUCAUCAGCUCCUAAUAUCUGCAGAGGGGCAGCCUUUUCCUGCCAGUGGUGCCAGUUUCCUUCAUUUGCUCAACAUUGGUUGAAGAAAUAAUAGCACCUACACAUACAGAGUACUUACUAUGUUCCAAGCAAUGAGCCUGGCCUUGGGAAGCACAGGCUUAAGACUUCUCUAAGAUAGGCUCAUGCCUACAAUCCUAGCACUUUGGGAGGCCAAAGCAGGAGGAUCACUUGAGCCUAGCAAUUGGAAACCAGCCUAGGUAACAUACCGAGACCCCAUCCCUUCCCAAAAAUUAAUAAUAAAAAAUUAUCUGGAUUUAGUGGCAUUAUCUGGAUUUAGUAGUCCCAGCUACUUGGGAGGCUGAGGUGGGAGGAUCAUUUGAGCCCAGGAGUUUGAAGCUUCAGUGAGCCAUGAUUGCACUGUUGCACUCCAGCCUGGAUGACAGAGCAAGACCCUGUCUCUAAAAAAAAAAUUUCAAUUUAAAAAAAAAAAAAAAGACUUCUCUAAGAUGAUGUCCCUGAGUCCAAAUCAUCACUGUAAAGUGGUCCCAGAGCACUGUCUGUACAAGACAAGGAAACUGGGUUGGGCUAACACAAGCAAGCCCUCUUGGGCUGUAUACAGAGGAAGAACAGAGUGGUAAGGGUGCUGGGGGCAAGAGACAUGUUUGCAGAACCCUUUAGGAUGGUCUAGGCUUGGGAGUCUCACUGCACAGAAGCAAGCCUUGAGCUGCUCAGCUGCCCUCUGCCGCACACCCCCUGGCUCCUAGCAGUCGUGUCCUGCACCCAGAGCCUCAGCCGUGUGUGUUCAUGUUCCCCAUGUCUUGCCCAUUCUGCUCGGCUCCAGUCACUGCUAUACUGGUGCAGAACAGCAAUGCUGGACACUCAGCAUUUAUUGAUGGUAAUUCCAAAAUACUGGUAUCAAUACUCUGAUUUAUAAGUGUUCAGAAUGCAUAACAUGAACAUUAGUCAAACAACUUUAUAAUUCACUUUUUAAGUGUCAAAAUUUAAAAGUCAAGUAAAAUUGUAAAUUUGUAAUAUAGAAACAUUAAGCAUCAUUAUCUUACAAAGUAUUAGCAGAAAACCUUAAUAAAAAUAAAUGUUUGGGUUUAUUUUUUUUGAAACAGAGUCUCACUUUGUCACCUAAGU